GUGUGGACCACCAUGACCUCACCAUGUUCUCAAACAACCCCAUUAUCUCCUGCUCAUUAUUUGGUGAUCCCACCAGUACUACAGUCCCCUCCGUCACUUUCCAAUCUCAAAGAUCACCGUUUCAGCACAGGCAACCUAUCCGUGACCACGCCUGGCACGCCAGGUCUUGAAAGUUCAGCAUCAUCGGUAAUGAAUCUUGAUUUGAAUGACAGCAUUCUUGUCCACGAGGUAGACCCAGAGCUGGACACUACUCACAGCGAAGAUACCACUGCAGUCGGUCAAAUAGAUGAUGUAGCUGACGAAGGAUCCAGGAAGAACCUGCGGGACCAUCUGCGGCGAACUUUGAGUGUUCAGAGGGAGAAAUCAGACGCAAAGCGAAAAAAUGAUGAAUUUCUAGAAAUCAGUUCCGUGUCUCCUGACACAAUCUGGGGCAGACUUCAAGUCUGAUCACUCGUGCCGAGCGUGCACCCAGACGCAGUGGUCACAAAUACAGAACUGGGAUCUCCGCAGAUCUUCAUUCAGACCGGUCAUUUCAGACUCGUCUUCGUAUGUUCACGUGUCUCAAAUUCGAUGUAGCUCUUGAAGAAUAUAGACCUCGAGAGUACUUUGUACUUACCGACGCUGGAAAACCUGUAUUCACUAGGUGAGGCUAUUGAUGCACUCAGUGAGGUCCAAUGAUGAUAAUCACUGGUUAGUCGCCCUGAUGGGCAGGACG